AUGAGCAAAUUGGAAAAGGAGAAAACGAGUUAGAUUAACAUUCUUACCUUUCUGAAAUUUGUCCUAAUGAUGUUGUUAUGGACUGAAACAGAUUACGAUUUUGUAUAAGGCAAUGAAAUGGAUUAGAGAAGCUAUAGUUUUGAGGUUUAUGGGAUGAUGAUCUUUUUCGUUAUUGCUAUAGAAUCCUAGUUUGUUAAAACUAUUGCAAUCUUAUUUUCAUUAUUAUACACAUUAUUAAGAUAACCAAAAUUCAAAAACCCCACUGAAAUUAUAGGUUCAACUAAAAUCAUCCUAGGUCACAUAUUCAUUUAGCUAUUUUAUUUCUAUCACUUGUAUUCGAUGCCAAAAACAAAGAUGGAAUAAAAAUCACUAAAUGAAUCGCCAUUAUUAUCGCAGAGAGUAGGUCUAACAGUCACCUAAAGAGAAAACACAGAUACUUAAAACAAAAAAAUUAAUUUUCAGGAAGUAGUUGCAUAGGAAUUAGAUAACGAGAAGGCAAUAUCAAAUUAGGAAGAGGUAUUUGAAAUGUUGCUCACUGGAUUUUAAUGUGGUAUCUACAUACUUGAAACUGCAAAACAACCAGUUCGUAUAAUCAAUUCUUUUAUGUCUCAUAUUGUUUUAACUGAUGAACAACUUAAUAGUGAUCUUAUGCAAUUGGAACUAGAACCAUAAUUAUACAAUUUUACCUUGUUUCCAUAGAAGCAAAGACAUCAGUCAUUUCGUCGCAUUCACAUCAACAUUAGAGUAUGCUUAUAUUCAUAUUAUUGGACCUAGAAUAUUUGUUUUGAAAAUAUACCAAGUAUAGAGAAGAAAGAAGUUCAAUUAUUUUAUCGAAAGAUGCAGAUGAAAACAUUGAUUGAACACUUGUUGGCUUUUUCUCACAUCAAAUUUGCUUUAAUCAAAUAAACCUUAGAUUUCUCGUUGAAAAUUUAUUUGAAGAAAGAUAAAUUAUACACGCAAGUCAUUCUCAAUCCAAUUGUCCUUGCCAAUAAACCACAAAUUGCCAUCUAUAUUUAGGAUCUGACAGAAGAACCAUUUAUUUUAUAAUUACAACAAUACAUAAGAAAUGGUGAUGAAUUAAUCCAAACUAUUUCUCAGAAAAUAAAAGAACCUCUGAAUUGCACUCUAUCUAUGUUAGAAUUAGUCCAAAAAGAAGUCAAUCAAGAGUUGUAAACUAAAUAUAUUGAUCCUGCUCUGGCUGGAUGUAAAUUAUUAAUUAGCACUGCUAGUGACAUCUAAGAUUAUGUUACUUUGCAUAAAAAUAACAAGUUAGAGAAAAGUCUAAUGGACAUUCACACCAAGGAAUUUAUUUCAGAUUGUUUGAACAUCAUUAAAUCAUAAGCUUUGUUUAGAGGCUUGAGCAUACAAGUCAACAUUAAACAAAAUGUUCCCAUCUUCCUAAAAACGGAUCCCAAUCGUCUAAGAUAAAUAAUACUCAAUUUGUUAGUUAAGUCAAUUUAAUUAACCAUUAACGGCUUCAUUGAAAUAGGAUGUCAAAAGUCGCCUUUGUUGGCAGACCACAUUGAAAUCCUCAUUAAAGUUAUGGCCUAAAAUGUAAAUGAAAGCAUCCUAGAAUCUAUUGAAUUAACCCUCAAACUUUACUUAAUCCUCAAGUAAUUGAUUUGGUUGCAACAUCCAAAUAAUUUUGUUUUUCCAUCAUAACAGCAUUUUAUAUCUCCUUAGCCAUAGCAAUUAUGCCAUUUGAAUUUAAUUUGGUUAAGACAGAAGGAUGGUACUCAAUUUUAUUUUGUGCUCCUAAUUAAAAAUGAGAACCCUAAUUUCAGUCAACAAUUAAGUUAAAAACGAUAAUCUGCUUUAAUAGCAAAUAAACAGUAAUUCCAAUAGGUCUUUGGUCAAAAUAACUUAUAUCGAAGACACUAAUCACAAAGACUUACAGAAAUCAGUAGAUUACAGAUCCAAAAAAAAUUAGAGAAAAUCAAAAGAGAAUCAUAAAUCGAGACGACUAUAGAUAUGCGAGAAUCCAUUUUGCCAUAAUUUGGCUAAUCUGAUGCUUCAGAUUAGUAAUAGCCUAAAAAAUCAUACUCGGUUUCACAAAUUUCAGAAUAAGAUGACUCUAAAAGUUCUUCUCCUGAUUCAAAAAAUGAAUUUAAUGAUCAUGAACAAUUCGAGGUGGAAAUCUUUUCGAGUAAAUCAAGUCUUUAUCUUAAUGAUAAAAUUGAGAACAUAGAGAAGUAAUAAUAGCCAUAGCAAUUUUUUGAUACUAUUUUAUAAUUGAAAGAACCUAAAGCCAGGAAGAUCUCAGUUAGUAUGAUCUAGACUAGGUUGAAUCAAUAAAUAUAAUAAUAAUAACUGUCAUCGAGUUAGAGGGAUUCUCUUUUAACUUUUGGAGGAAGAUCUUCAGUUUAUUCAUCUAUGAGGGUUUCUUCUAUUAAUUUGGGUCCGAAUGAAUUGUUAGAUUGCUUUGAAAAAAUGGAGAGAGUCAAAAAUCAAUAAUUUAUUUAUAAAUGUUAGUGUCCAAAGAUAUUGAUUUGUGAACAGAAUGACUUUGAUUUAUACGCAAUCUCUCAUUAAUUGAGUAAUUUGAAGAUACCUUACGUUUACACCAUGUAAAGAGUCCACAUAGUUGAAUUAUUGAGGAAGUAAUUCUCCUAGUUCAAGACUUGUUGUAAAGGCUAUCACGUAGUAUUUAUUGGAGUGGAAUACGUUAAUGAGUAAUUAGCUGCUGAUUGCACUAAAAUCAAGGCAGUUCUGUAAGAGUUCCAGAAGGAUACAAUAAUCAUAGGAUUGAUAGGGUUCUAAGGGGAAGAUUUUAGAGCCACUAUAAAAAAGCUGCCAUUCCAUGACUGCUUGUCUAAGCCAAUCAUGAUUGAUGCUUUACUAUUUAUUAUAGCCAAAUGGGUAAGAUUGUGA